GUCAUUGCACCUGAUGCAGCUCAUCGAGAUUUCCAGGCGGUAAGGAUUUGUUGAUCUGUCGAUCAAUGUCUAUAGACUAUAAGCUACUUUGGCAAAGUUUCGUAACAAUAUUUAACCAGCGAAGAGGUUUUUUAGAAAAAAAAAGUAAAUGUUAUAGGCAAGAGUAAGAUAACGAGAGAUGCACAAGGCAGAACGAUUUACCAAUGCUUAUUAGUAUUGCAAUGGUAGACUCUGCAGCUCUGGCUGCAAUGUCCUAGAUUUAGGAAUAUUACAGCUUUUUUAUACUUUCAAGUAAAUCAAUAUAUUAAUAGGAAAGACAAAAUUAAGCUUGUCAAUUAAUAUAGAAAAGACUUGCAAACAUUGUAUACAGAAUAUCAUAAAUUAUUGAAUGAUAAUGAGCAUAAGGGUUAUAGAAUUUGUUAAUAUAUACUCGAACGUUAUUGACCGGUUAACGUCUAAUAUAGACUUGACAAACAGAUAAGGAUUGUGCACCCAUUCGAAAUAGGUGGCGCAGUUAAGGAAAAAAAAGGGGGGGGGAGGUUAAUUUUAAAAGAUUCCUCACAACGUUCGUUACAUUCGGUAAACAAGCCCGCUUCAGUUUAGAGGAUAGUUGCGAUUAUAUAACUUAGACAUCAUGCAAAAACAGCAUUUAAGGCCAGUGGAUCCAACCUUACAACCUCUCUCAGUAACUAUGCCCUUAAAUCCGAUAACUGGAGGUCCUUCGUUGGGAAAAAGAGCGUCGAGGGCGGCCGACAUGCUGACGCUAAACGAGGAAGAUAAUAAGCCUAAGGGAGCUGUUAGUCAGUUUUUCUCCAAUCAUGCAAAAACUUUGAUGACGAUCGCUAUGAUUUUUGGUACAAUAGCAGUUAUAGUUUGUAUAGUUAUGAUUCACAAGUCGCAAUACGAAAAGGAGAUAGCUAUAGAGGGACGAGGUAAGUCAUAUUAUUAUAAAAUAAAGGGGUAAUUUUAAAUAAAUGCGGCCACAUAACGACGACCGCCAGAAUGCUUCGACGUGGCGGUAAUCGGAGGCGGUUUAGGUGGUGUUUACACCGCUUACAAACUGCGCGGGAGCAAAGGAACAAAAAUUGGUCUUUUUGAGGCGUCCGAUCGAUUCGGUGGACGAAUACGUUCCGUGAGGGCGAACUCGUCCACCUGGUUCGAGUUUGGCGCCUCUCACUUUGAUCCGACACAGCAAGAACGUCUGAUGAAACUGAUCCGUGCUCUAAACCUCACCGAGGAGCUCUCCACGUUCCUACCGAACCCAGACUCAUGCAGUUAUUAUUUGCAAAGCCAACGCCACCGUUGUAAAGAUGUUCGAUUAGGGACUGUCAGCCUGCAACCGGAAACUAUCCUUCGGCGCUUGUCUACUUGGACUGUCAAUAGCACGGAUCGAAAGAGAAGCAAAUUCUCAAGCGUACCUCUUUUUAAAACUGGCUUCCGCAAUUUAGUGCGUGAAUAUGGUAGCUAUAGAAAACCUAAAAAUUUUGAUAAUGUUUGGAAGUUUGGAGAGCGAUUUGAAUACUUUUCCAGUCUAACUAGUAAUUUAAACGCGCAAAUUCUAACCGACUUUCAUCGCAAUUAUAAACACGACAAAAGAAAAUUUAUGAAGAAAGGCCUCAAUCGAAUAAUAGACGCAAUGCUCAAAGAAUUCACAGAGUCUCAGGAUCUAAAGACUGACACGAUUCGAAAAAAAUACUUAGCAAGUAAACUUGCGUGCAUUUACCGGAAGCAUAGGCGUUACUACUUAACUUUCGUAGGAGGUGGAGGUGUUGAGAGAGUUUGCGCCCGACGGGUAGUCUUAGCCAUUCCACCUCAUGCCCUGCAUCAUGUUUCCAUGCAGAGGAUGAACGGUAAAGACCCUGCAGAAACCACUCAUGUACCAUUACCGAAAAUGGAAGUUUUCCCUGCUUUUGGAGCGGCUAUUAGGUCAAAAACGGAUCUUCUCAUAAAGGAUGUUGUCGUGACAGAUUUACCCUCAAGGAGAUUUAUAAAGAUGGAAAACAAUCUUGUAACGAUAAAUGUGGAUGGUGUGGAUGCCGAUUAUUUCCGUGGACUUUACUCAAGACAUAGAAGCAGCCAGGAUAUUUUUAAAAAAAGACUCUCUAUAGACUUAUUGGACCAGCUGGAGCGCUGCAUUUAUCCUAGAAAGCUCGACUCAUCAGCUGCUGUUCUAUUUCACGAUUGGGGUUCGAAAGCUAAGUACGUCUGGAAGCGCUGCAUACAACCACAUAGGGCUAUGAAAUCAGCUCUAAAACCGCUCGCUAAAGGUCACGAAGUGUAUGUGGUCGGAAGCGAUUAUUGCGACGGUGGAUGCCAAGUAUUAAUGGAAGGAGCUUUGAGGACUUCCGAUUUCGUUCUUAAAAAGUACCUGUUACCUAGUUUGUAUAGAAAUAGCACGGAUCCAGAAUAAAAACAGGACUGAGUAGACAAUUCAAUGCUGCGGGCUGAAUUAGUUUUGUAAAAUAAAAGGUUAAUAAAAUUAGCUU